UUGUAAACCACGUUAUUGUGUGCAGCUUCUUCUCUCAGUUGGGUUUCUCGCUUCCUCUAAUCUUCUCCUUCUCUCUCCUCACUUUCACUUCAAUUUUCUCAUUCCUUUCCAGAAUUAGGAUCAAUUCUCGAUUGUUGGUCGGGGAUUGAUCAACUCUCACAAUCUAUUUUCUUUUCUUACCUGCGAUGCUCUUAGUUCCAAGAUGAAGUUGAAGAGGAAAAGGGCACUUGAAGUGCCUCCCAAAAUUAGAUGUUUCAUUGAUCGUGUUACUUCAGUUCCACUUGAGAAGAUAGAAGAACCUUUGAAGGGUUUUGUUUGGGAGUUUGAUAAGGGAGAUUUUCAUCACUGGGUUGACCUUUUUAACCAUUUUGAUUCAUACUUUGAGAAGUACAUAAAACCAAGGAAGGAUUUGCUGAUUGAUGAUGAUUUUCUUAAUUUGGAUCCUCCAUUCCCUAGAGAAGCCAUUCUUCAAAUUCUUCGUGUCAUCAGAACAGUUUUGGAUAAUUGCACAAAUAAACAUUUCUAUAGUUCAUAUGAGCAGCAUCUCUCUGCAUUGCUUGCAUCUACUGAUCCAGAUGUGGUUGAGGCUAGCCUAGACACUUUGGCUACCUUUUUGAAGAAAACAGUUGGAAAGUACUCCAUAAGAGACUCUUCCUUGAAUUCAAAAUUGUAUGCUCUUGCCCAAGGAUGGGGUGGAAAGGAGGAAGGACUUGGAUUGAUUGCAUCUGCUGUACCUGAUGGUUGUGACCAUAUUGCGUGUGAAUUGGGUUGUACCCUUCAUUUUGAAUUUUAUGCUGUAAAUGAGCCAGAGAGUGACAUAAAAGUGGCCGAACCCUUGGUCCAAGGCUUGCAAAUUAUACACUUAAGUGAUAUUGACAAACGUGUGGAAACUGAUCUUGAGCUUUUGCACAAGUUAGUUACGGAAUAUAAGGUGCCUGCCAGUUUAAGAUUUUCUUUAUUGUCAAGACUACGUUUCGCUAGGGCUUUUGGUUCUUUGGCUUCUAGACAGAAAUAUAUAUGCAUUCGCUUGUAUGCCUUCAUAGUACUAAUUCAAGCAUGUGCUGAUGCUGAUGACCUCGUUUCGUUCUUCAAUGCUGAGCCUGGAUUUAUCAAUGAAUUAGUAUCAUUACUGAGCUAUGAAGAUGCAGUUUUGGAGAAAAUUCGGAUUUUAUGUUUGCAUGCAUUAGCUGCUCUUUGCCAAGAUCGUUCUCGUCAGCAGUCAGUACAGACGGCAGUUACAUCUGGUGGGCAUCGUGGCAUUUUAUCUAGCCUGAUGCAAAAAGCCAUUGACUCUGUUACCAGUAAUACCUCAAAAUGGUCAGUUCAUUUUGCUGAAGCUCUUUUGUCUCUUGUCACCGUGUUGGUUUCAACAUCAUCAGGUUGCUCUGCCAUGCGUGAAGCAGGAUUUAUUCCUACUCUGCUACCCCUCCUUAAAGAUACGAACCCACAGCAUUUGCAUUUGGUUGAAAAGGCUGUGCGCAUUUUGGAGGCUUUUAUGGAUUACAGUAAUCCAGCUGCUGCUCUAUUCAGAGAUUUGGGAGGUUUGGAUGAUACCAUCUCUCGCUUAAAGAUUGAAGUCUCCUAUGUAGAAAAUGGUGGAAAACAGCCAGAUGAAAAAUCUGAGUCUAGUGCAAGAAGUGUAAAUAUGGUUACAAGUUCUUCAACUGGGCUGGAUGAUGUGCAAAAACCAUUGUAUUCUGAACCAUUAAUUUCAUAUCACCGUAGGUUGCUAAUGAAAGCUUUAUUGCGUGCUAUAUCCCUGGGAACUUAUGCCCCUGGAAAUACUGCUCGUAUCUAUGGAUCUGAAUAGAAUGUUUUGCCUCAUUGCUUAUGCAUAAUUUUUAGAAGG